ACAACCUGGUUAUUUCCACUCGAUCAGCUGAGGGCGAACAGGGUGAUUCCCAAACGACGCGCUUGUCUGAGUCAGCCUCUUAUUAGAUCCAGCGUGUCCGUGAGGCCGCGGAAAGUUCCCUGAAGUUCGCCGGGUAGAGUGAGAGAGAGAGGCGGGGGGAAGCGGAGGAGUGAUCGAGGAGGAGCUCCGGGACUUCCACUGCCGAUCUGCGGGCUCUGUGCGGACUCUGUGCGGGCUCUGAGGUCUGGGAUGGCGGCCGUGAAGGCUCUGCAGCAGUGGUGCAGGAUCCAGUGUGAGGGCUACCGGGAUGUGUCCAUCACCAACAUGACCACGUCCUUCAGGGACGGCCUGGCUUUCUGCGCCCUCAUCCACAAACACAGACCCGACCUCAUCAAUUUUGACUCCCUGAAGAAGGAAGAUGUCUACGACAACAACAAGUUGGCCUUUAAAGUUGCAGAAGAUCAACUGGGGAUUCCGGCUCUGCUGGACGCGGAAGACAUGGUGGCUCUCCGGGUUCCUGACCGCCUCAGUAUCUUGACGUAUGUCUCUCAGUACUACAACUACUUUCAUGGACGCUCCCCUAUUGGUGGCAUGGCGGGUAUAAAGCGUCCAGCAGAGGGCACCGCCGACGAACCUUCAGGGAAGAAGAACCAGCCGGUGACUGCCAAGGUGUUUCCAGGAUCUAAACCCAGCAGGGAGAACAGUCCUCCCCGCUCUGCCAACGUUACGAAGCCGUCUCCAUCACCUAAACAGAUCAGAAAUUCAACGCAGGAGCAUCAUGUUGAGAAAUCUCAAGCAGGAACUUUAAGCAACAAAUGUGUGUCGUGCAACAAACAUGUUCACCUGGUGCAGCGACACCUAGUGGAGGGAAAGCUCUAUCACAGGAACUGCGCAAGGUCUCUUUCGACGAACACAAGCUCCCCGUUUCGCGAUCUCCCCACAAACACCCACAUUUCCAAAUUCAGUCCCCAAGCCGAACCCCGUAAACCCGUCACAGUGGCUCCGGCUAACACCCCGUCCAGACCGGGGACGACGUGGUUGAUGGAGAAGCCCGGCUCUCCUCCGAACGGCUCCAGUUCGUUUUCUGCUUCACCUGUCUCGGCUCCUGCUUCGGAAACCAAGAAGGUUCCCGUGUCCAAACCGCCUACCUUCACAACGGACGUCAGCACCAACUCCACGGCCGCUCCUCGGACCUCCGUCACCGCGGCCAAAACGUGGGAGUCAAAAAUGAAGUUUUUACAAUCGGAUGACAGCGCCGUCAACCACGAGGAGAAAAAGACGUCCGUCUUUAGUACAACUGUGAAUAAAGGCCAGACCGCGAACAGCAAGGCGCAUGACGUGUUGCCGGGUCGGACUGUAACCGUGGUUGUCAAUGUUAAAGAUGUGGAUAAGGGGGGCGCAGCUAAAACAACUGCUGCGGGUAGCAAGGCGAGUACAAAUGCUAAAGAGUAUGACGAUAAGACGAGAGCAUCAGCAGCAGCUUUCAUCUCCAAGAAACUUCCUGAGGAGAACAACAACAACAACAAGCCACCGUGGACAAACGUAGCGCUCCGAAAAACUGACAAACCUGUAGAGGAGACCCCAAAGAAGACUGAAACGGGGGGCGUCCGGGGAAAGGUGAAGCUGAAAGCAGACCCGUCUCUCCUGGCGGAUCUGCAGACUCCAGAGCCUGAAAAGUCUGAUACCAGUGUGGUCGGUCGGAGCGGAGGAGCAGACAAGACUCCAGACAGGGGAGGCCCAAAACCUCCCCACACCUCCCACAACACAUCAGCGUCAGAAAAUGAGUCUCCUGGAGCCUGGAGGUCAAAGCUGAAGCCUAUCUCCAAAGAAGCAAAACCAGCAGGUCUUCCUCAGUCUCCGCCUAAACCGUACAGUAAUGGAGCGACGAGGACUUCAGAGCCCUCUGGUGGGCCUUCGGCGGUCAGCACCAUCAUUUCUGUGUCAAAGGAAUCUCAGAACGGGCCGAAAGAGCAAAUUCCCAACGCCGCCAAGUCCGAGUCAAAGAAUUCGAAGACGAAGCCCGGCUACAUCCCCAAAGAGGACAUCGUCCGGGAGCUGAAGGAGAUUGAAGAAAACCUAAACGAACUGGAGAGGAGAGGAGUGGAGCUGGAGUUGAGGCUGCGCAAGAGCGAGGAAGAGGGCGGCGACAACGACGAAGACGAGCUCAUGGUCGAGUGGUUCACCUUGAUCAGAAACAAGCAGGUGGCCAUGCGUCGUGAGUCGGAGCUUGUGUAUAUAGGACGAACUCAGGAUCUGGAAGAAGAGCAGCCCAGUGUGGAGCAGGAGCUCAGGAGGCUGAUGGAUAAACCAGAACAUUUAAAAACGUUCCGGGACAAACAGAGGGAAAAGCAGCUCAUGGACAAACUCCUAGAGAUCGUCAACGACAGAAACGCUAUCGUAGAAGGUCUGGAUGAGGACAGGCUCAGGGAGGAAGAGGAGGAUGAGGAGCUAAACAAGAUGAUGAUGAGUUUCAACAUAAAGAAGGACAAAACCAAGAGAAAGUCUCAGAAAUUCAAACUGUUCAGCUGGGGAGGCAAGAAGGACGAAUGACGCUCCUGGAAACCGACACCACCUUCUUUUCACAAGCUGCUUCCUCUGAUCACCGUUAAUUCCUGGGAUGACAUCGAUAAUGUGUGUGUGUGGGUGUGUGUGUAGGAGAGAGACAGAGAAAGAUCCACCAUUCUCUGCCUUGUGAUGAGAUUUACUGACUUGUUCUUGUCUGCACCUGUUGACUUUAUGCCCCGACAUUCUCAGUAUCUGACUCGUAUUUCCUUACUUGCAUAAUGUAUUCAAUACUGAAUGUCUUCUGUAAUGCAUAAUGGGUAAAAAAACAAAAUCAAACAAGAUUUAAUUCUGAGUUAUUUGGCUCAGACUCUACAAAAAGAUUGUCAUCAGAAGAAAUAAUGACCAGGAAUUUCUGUGCUUCAUCUUUAGGAACCUGCCACACGUUUCAGUUUGGUUGAUGCUGAUGUACAACUCUAAAGUAGACGACAGGAUGUGCAGCGCGGUCUGCUGAAUGGGAAUGUUUAGUUUUGCUGGAUAGUGCUUGAAUGAAGUUUGUUUUGUGGCAAAAGACUGCUUGUGGUUUAGUACAGCUAGCUGUUAGCUCUGAAACAGCUAGCUGAUGUUAGCUAACUUCUAGCAGGAAGUUGGCUAACAGCAUUCACAUGUUAGCUAAUAACAGCUCACAUCUGCCGUUAGCUAGUGCCCAUACAGGCACUAGCUAACAUCUGCCUUUAGCUGUUAACAGGUGGUAGCUAACAUGUAACAUGUGCUACAUCUGCUUUUAGCAGAUGUUACGUGUUACCAAACAGCUAACAUCUGCUGCUAGCUAACAUCAAACAACCUGUUAGAUCUGCUUUUAGCAGAUGUUAGCCUUCAAAGGGAAGCCACUAAGAGAGCUAGCUCCUUCGUUUAAAGUUUAAGUUAAGAAAUUAUAGUAGUAUGUAAAGGCUGGUCAUGUGGAAAAUCAUCUGGUUUGUUGUUCAAUUCCUUUAUAAAUUAAAUAUUUAUUAUCUUUUUGGAAUGAUAGCCAUCCAAAUAACAAUAUAAUCUAAAGAUUUGUAUGUCGUGUAAAAAGAAAACGAAUAAUAAUUCAGUUUAUCUGCUACGUUAUUGCUGCUGCAUUAAGAAAAUGACUGGUUUGUCUCAUGUGACCUUUAUGUGUAAUUACAUGUAUUUCAUUAAUGAGUCAGGAGAGCACUAGAUGCGGUUCACAUUGGACCUCCAUAUGUGUAUGUUUGUAAUGUUUUUAUUCCGUAUUAAAUGUAUAUGGCCAUAAAUAAUGUUUUUGUUUUAAACCAACAAACAUUGGUUUUUUUUUUUU